AGAAUAAACAAAAUAGUGAGCAGUGUUGUUUGAUGACGACUGUGAACAAUACCAGACUGUGAUUUGUGAGUGUGGAGAAUUGUUAUUGAACUGUUGUUGGCAGAUAUACAAAGCCAAAAUGAUUCAGGCACUGGACAAUCGGUUCGUCAGCUAUUCAAGCGAAGAAAAAAAAAUAGGACUGACAAAUUUCUUUAUCCUAUUGGUUGGAAUUAUACUCUCUGUCUGGUUCCUACAAUUCCUGUGGAAAAGGAGGAAGCUCUAUAAGGCAGCUAGCAAAUUGCCUGGACCCUUCGCUCUGCCGAUUAUAGGGUCAAGUCAUCUAUUUCUUGGACAAACAGCUGAUAUCUUUGGAGCCAUUUCCAAGCUGUUCGAAACAUAUCCAAGCUUGUUCAAAGUAUGGUUCGGUCCUCGAUUGUUCUAUGCAACCUGUGAUCCAAAAAUCAACGAAAUUCUUCUGAGCAACACAAAUGUCUUGCGGAAAGAGUAUCUCUAUAGGAUGAUAGAACCAGUAUCUGGAGGAGGACUCAUCAAUCAACUUAGAGUUCCAACAUGGAAGAGACACCGAAAAAUCAUAAUGCCAACGUUUAACCAGAAAAUUUUGGAUGGCUUUGUUGACAUUUUCGUGGACAGAUCAGAAGUCUUGGUGUCGGUGAUGAAAAAAUUAGUUGGAGUAAAAAACGUCAAUAUAUACGAUUUGUUCUCUAGGUGUACUUUGGAUAUAGUUUGCAAAACAGCCAUGGGAGUUCAAAUUGAUGCCCAGAUCAAAGAUACAGAUUUCCACAGAUGGGCUGACGAAAUUAUGGAUUUGAUUAUGAAACGAAUAUUCAACGUAUAUUACCACUUGGACUGGAUUUAUUUUUUGACGUCGGAAGGCAAGACUGCCUCCAUUAACGCCAGCAAUUUGAGGAACUAUACCCGUAAUGUGGUCAUCACAAAAAGAAACGAAUAUGAAAGCAAGUUUAAUAACGGCGAAUUAGUUUUUGAAGAUGAUGGAAUAAAAAGAAAAGCUUUUCUGGACUACCUCAUCGAAAUGUGUUACCAAGAUGGGAAAAACAGUUUUACCGAUGAGGAAUUGAUCGACGAGACGGUAACAUUCAUGAUAGCUGGUACCGACACCACAGCAACCACCAAUUGUUUCCUUUUCAUAAUAUUUGGUCUUUAUCCAGAUGUACAGGAGAAAGUAUUAGAAGAAGUUUUGGAAGUAAUAGGUCCUGAUCGACGUGUACAGUACGACGAUCUACAACAUUUCAAAUACCUGGAAAGGGUGGUGAAGGAAACGAUGAGGGUAUUUCCUAUUGUCCCUAUGAUAGUUAGGGCACUGGAUGCCGAUAUAGAUAUAGGUGAGCACGUACUACAAAAAGGUAGUUCCGUAGUUUUUGGAAUCCUACAAACUCACAGGAACGAAGAAUACUGGCCAGAUCCACUUAAAUUUGAUCCAGAUAGAUUUCUUCCUGAAGAAGUCGCUAAGAGGCCGCCUGGUUGUUAUAUUCCUUUCUCAUUUGGCCCGAGAAAUUGUAUAGGUAUGAAGUAUGCAAUGAUGACAAUAAAGGCUCUUGUAGCUACAGUUGUACGAAAAUACAAAGUUUAUUCAGAUUACAAGAACAUUGAAGAGGUAGAACUGAGAAGCAACCUAGUCCUGAGAACGAAGAAUGGCUUUAAAGUCCAUUUUGAACUGAGAGAAUAAUGCGAAUUGUAUAAUCACUUUUUUCAUUGUAAUUGACCUAUGUACAUAGUUUAUAUUAAGUAAAUAAUAUUAUAGCAACUAUUUUUUAGCAUUAAA